AUGGAUGGAAACCAACUUGUAGUAACUUGUUCGAUUUCGCAGAAUAAAAAUUCUUUCAUCCCCACCUACGCUCUUAUUGAUACUGGAGCAUCAGGAUACGCUUUCAUUGACGAAUCUUUUAUACGCCACAACAAUCUUACAAUGACCCCCCUUAAAAUACCUCGCCAUGUAGAUGUUAUAGAUGGAAGGCCUAUCAAAUCAGGAAAAAUUACCCAUAUUGUCGAUGUCUCGCUAGACAUUCAUGGUCAUCGAGAGACUGCGCCAUGUUUUGUGACGAAGUUAGAACACUACCCGAUUGUGAUGGGGAUACCUUGGAUGCGACGUCAUGAUGUUACGAUUCGACCAAAGAAAAAUCUACUUGUUUUUGAUUCUCGGAGCUGUUGUCAAUACUGUUCACUCAGUGGAACUGCAGUUAUUGUUCAUGGUAUCUCGAUUGCCCUACCGGAACACCAUACAAUCAUUUUUUCAGCAACUGAAAAAUCUACUGUCGACAUUAAACAACUAGUACCGAAGGAAUUUCACCAUCGUCUCCAUAUGUUCAAAGAAUACGAUGCUUCAAUUCUCCCACCACAUCAACUGUCCCAUGACAUUGAAAUAGUAUUGGAAGAAGGCAAACGACCACCAUAUAGACUUAUAUAUGGAUUAUCUCAAAUUGAGUUGAAGGCACUACGAGAAUAUCUCGAUGAAAAUUUACUCAAAGGAUUUAUUCGAGCCAGUGAAUCGCCAGCGGGAGCACCCAUACUGUUCGUGAAGAAAAGCGAUGGAACCCUUCCACUCUGUGUUGAUUAUCGAGGUCUAAAUGCAAUUACAAUCAAAAAUCGAUAUCCAUUACCAUUGUUAAAGGAAACCCUAGCUAAGUUGUCAAGAGCAAAAUACUAUACGAAAUUGGAUUUACGUUGGGGAUAUAAUCAAAUCAGGAUAGCGGAGGGAGAUGAAUGGAAAACGGCAUUUCGAACUCGAUAUGGACAUUUCGAAUAUACAAUCAAUGAUAUUUUACGUCCCUAUCUCGACCAAUUCGUAACGGCAUACUUGGAUGAUAUCCUUAUCUAUUCCGAAACUCUAUCGGAACAUAAAGAACACAUUCAAAAGGUUCUAAAGGUACUUGAUGGGAAUCAUGUUCACCUUAAACCUGAAAAAUGUGAAUUUAUGGUUCAGGAAACGAAAUAUCUUGGUUUGAUCCACACUCCGAAUGGAAACAGAAUGGACCAAAAGAAAGUUGUCGAUGUUUUGAAAUGGUCCACACUGACAAACCUUCAUGAUGUUCAAACAGAUGAAAGGGAGGAAGCAUUUCAAACUUUGAAAAAGAUGUUUACAACGGCACCGAUACUACCCCAUUUUAAUCCAGAGCCGAGGAUUGUGAUAGAAACCGAUGCAUCUGACUAUAUUUCAGGAGGAAUCCUAUCUCAUCAUGAUAACGAAGGAAUCCUACAUCCAGUCGCUUUCUUCUCCAAGAAACAUUCUCCUGCAGAGUGCAACUAUGAAAUCUAUGACAAAGAACGUUUAGCAAUUAUACGAUGCUUCAAAGAAUGGCGACAUCAUCUGGAGGGAGCUCAAUUCUCAAUUGAAGUUUUUAGCGACCAUGGGAAUCUUGAAUAUUUUAUGACAACGAAAUUGUUAAAUCGUCCACAAGCCCGCUGGUCCGAAUUUCUUUCACGCUUCGAUUUCAUUAUACAAUUUCGGCCAGGAAAGCAAGGAACGAAACCAGAUACAUUGACUAGGAGGUCAGGUGACCUACCUAAAGAGGGGGAUGAACGGUUGACGCAUCAGAGUCAAGUGAUUUUGAAGCGAAAAAAUUUGGAUGCAAGGCGAAGUUUGUUCGCGGGUUCUUUGUCAAAUGAAUCCGCUGAAGUAGCAUCUACUGUAGAGAAGUUAUUUUCAAAAGCUUACCAAGUUGAUAGUUUUCCAAACAAGAUCCUCACUAUGCUUCGGAAUGGCGUUCGCCACUCGAAUGAAAUUUCGCUUGCCGAAUGUACGGAAGAUAACAACGGUCGGCUACUUUAUCGAGGUGCACUAUAUGUACCAGAGGACAAUGAUCUUCGGCUAAGGCUCCUGAAAGAACACCAUGACAAACUAUCAGCAGGUCAUCCAGGCAGAGCAAAGACCUUAGAACUCCUAAAUCGAGAAUAUUAUUGGCCACAGAUGCGAAGAUUCGUCGAUCAAUAUGUUAGGAAUUGCAAUAUGUGCCCCCGUAGCAAGGCGCUUCGAAAUGCACCUUAUGGAGUACUUCGCCCGAUGCCAAUACCUGAUGGAUCGUGGACGGAUGUGUCAAUGGAUUUUGUUACCGAUCUUCCUGAGAGUGAGGAAUAUAAUGCAAUCUUGGUCGUGGUUGAUAGGUUAACCAAAAUGCAACAUUUGAUACAAACAACCAAAAAAGUGGAUUCAAAGGAAGUAGCGAGGCUUUAUAUCGAUAAUGUUUGGAAACUACAUGAAUUACCAGAUACCAUUGUAUCCGAUCGAGGAACACAGUUCGUUGCGGAGUUUUGGAAUUCGCUUUGUUAUCGGUUGGAAAUAUCACCGAAAUUCUCCACCGCCUUUCAUCCUCAGACAAAUGGGCAGACGGAAAGAAUCAAUGCUGUAAUGGAACAAUACCUUCGAAGCUAUGUAUUUUAUUAG